AUGGCUACCAGUAAAAAUCAAUCGGCUAAAAUAUCAAGUGCAACGAAAUCUAUCGACCGAUCAAUGAAUUCUAAUUUUGAGUCAUUUGCAUGUCUGUGGCUCGAUCAAAAUGUUAAUUUAACAGAAGAUAAUCGUCAGACUCAGAAAGAGCUUCGCCACGUGAUCAAUCAUCUUCGAACAUUUGAUAAAAGUGAUGAAUGUGAACAAUGCAUUCGACAAAUCACAAAAGAAAAAGUUAUUCUCAUUGUCUCUGGUUCACUAGGUCGACAACUCGUGCCUCGACUUCAUGAUCUUCCACAAUUUUCUGCAUGUUAUGUCUUUUGUCAAGAUCAAAAGGGAAACGAACAAUGGGCUAAUAAAUAUCACAAAGUCAGUGGCGUUUUUGUUGAACGUGCUAAAUUUAUUGCUCAGAUAUCGAAAGAUCAAAUUGAUCGAACUAAAGUAGAAGAUGGGGCAUCAGUAUCAGUAAUUACUGCUGGUUCUCAAUCUCUUCAAGCUCGUAAUGCUAUCUUUAUGUGGUUCCAAUUGUUUAUUGAAGUUCUUCUUCGAAUGCAUCAUAAAUCCAAUGAUCGCAAAGAACUUUUGGAUAUUUGCAAGAAGAGUUAUAAGGGUAAUCAACAAGAGAUGAAAAUUAUUGAUGAAUUUGAAAAGAAUUAUAAAGCAGAAAAUGCAAUAUGGUGGUAUACAAAAGAAUCAUGUUUUUAUCGAAUGAUGAAUAAAGCAUUACGUGUACAAGAUUUUGAUAUGUUAUUUGCUUUUCGAUUCUUGAUUACUGAUAUUGCGAAACAGAUCAAAAGUGAAUAUGAAAAAUUUGUUCGUACUUGUGACAAUCGAAACAUUAUUCGAGUUUAUCGUGGUCAAAUAAUUGAAAAUGAUGAACUAGAGUUAAUGAAGAAAAGCAUUGGUGAAUUCGUUUCAAUGAAUUCUUUUGUAUCGGCAAGUCGUGAUCGCUCGACUGCUCUUGACUUUGCUCGACUUACUCCUAAAACUGAUGGUGUUAAACAAAUUAUUUUCGAAAUUGAAAUCGAUCCGCGUUCACAAACGAAAGCUUUUGCUGAUGUGACAAAAAUCACUUAUUUUCAAAAAGAAGAUGAAGUUUUGAUUAUGCUUGGGGCAUUGUUUCGAAUUGAAAAAAUAAACGAAGAUAAAAAGGAACAAAUAUGGAUCGCCCAUGUGUCAUUGGCAACUGAAGAUGAUUAUCAUUUGAAAGAAACAUUUUCGUACAUGAAAAACACAAUUGGUGACGAUACUGAUUUGGAUUCUCUCGGAAAAAUUUUACUUCAAAUGGGAGAACCUGAACAAGCAAAAAAAUGCUACAAACGAAUGUUAAACGAAACGAGGCUUGCUACAGGAAGAGCUGAAUCAGGUCUUGGCUUAUCAUACCUUGAUUGUAAUGAGGCUGACAAAAGCCUUGAACAUCUCGAAGAAGCAUUGAAAACAAGACAAAGUCUUUUGGGGCAAGAUCAUGCAGACGUUGGAGAGUGUUAUACAUGGAUCGGGCGGCUACACUGGUACCUGCGAGGAGAUUACGAUCAAGCAUUAACGAAUCUGAAAAAAGCUGUCGAAGUCCAAGAAGCAACGCUUCCGUCUGAUUCUCUUGCUCUCGCUAAAACGUAUCAUAACAUUGGAAGUACAUACGACUGUAUGGCACAAUAUGAUCUGGGUCUUGAUUAUUAUAGCAAAGCUCUGACGAUUCGGCAAAAAGUUUUACCUAGUAAUCACCCUGACAUUGCUUCAACCUGCAAUAACCUUGGAAAAUUAUACGAAUGUAGAGGAAAUUAUUCAAAAGCUCUAGAAUACUAUGAAAAAUCGAUCGACAUUAGACGAAAAAUUCUACCACCUACACAUGAACAUGUUAUUAUGGCAGAGAAUAAUAUUCGUAAAUUAAGAAAAAAAAUGAAAAAUUAG